ACUUCAGUCACAUACAAAAAAACACACAAUGCAGAUUCACAAACUCUGUUUCCUUGCUCUGUUCUUAGCUCAAGCAGCCUUUGCCGUCAAGUUCAACUUCAAAACCUUUAAUGGAGACAACUUGUUCUUCCUCGGAGACGCAGAGCUUGGUCCUUCCUCCGACGGUUUAGACCGAUCCGGAGCUUGGUCCAUGACCCGUGACGAAACCCCAUUCUCUCACGGUCAAGGUCUCUACAUCAACCCCAUCCCAUUCAAACCCUCCAACGAUUCUGCUCCUUACUCAUUCCAGACCUCUUUCACUUUCUCCAUCACUCCCCGCACCAAGCCAAACUCCGGCCAAGGCCUCGCCUUCAUCGUCGUCCCCACCGUCGACAACUCCGGCGCUUCCGGCGGCGGGUUCCUCGGAAUCCUCAACAAAACCAACAACGGUAAACCGGAGAACAACCUCUUUGCCGUUGAGUUCGACACUUUCCAGAACAAGGAGUUCCAAGACAUAAGUGGUAACCACGUCGGGCUCAACAUCAACUCCAUGACUUCGAACGUAGCGGAGAAAGCUGGUUACUGGGUUCAGACAAGAGUCGGGAAGAGGAAGGUUUGGUCGUUCAAAGAUGUGAACCUGAGCAGUGGAGAGAGGUUCACGGCUUGGAUUGAGUUUAGAAACAAAGACAAUAGGAUUACCAUUACGCUCGCGCCUGAGAACGUGAAGAAGCCUAAGAGACCUUUGAUACAAGGUCCGAGAGAGCUCAAUGAUGUUAUUCUACAAAACAGUUACGUCGGUUUUGCUGGUUCCAUGGGACGUGCCGCUGAGCGUCACGAUAUCUGGAGCUGGUCUUUCGAAAAUGCCGCCAAGAACAACUAAACCGGUUUGGUUAAGUCCGGCUUGCUUUAUUUAUGCUCGUUCGAGUGAAUAAUUAAAGUUUAAAACUUUAAACAAAUAAAAAAGCCAGAUAUGUGGCUUACUUUGUAUUGUAUUUUCAAAUUUUCAUGUUCUUUUGUAUUCUGAGAUUGACAAUAAAAUAAACUUUUUUUUUUAAACUAA